AUGGAAUUAGUCAGGCAACUUGCCGGUCUUUCUGUAUCGAAUAUUCGACAAUUUCGUGAUGAUGAUUCAUAUGUUGAUCGACUCAAUCAUCGAUAUACAACAACAUUAUGUGUUGUUUUUGCUAUACUUGUUACUACGAAACAAUAUGCCGGCGAUCCAAUUGAUUGUUGGGUACCAGCUCAAUUUAAACCCUCUUAUGAAGCAUAUACAGAUAGUUAUUGUUGGAUUGCAAAUACUUAUUAUAUUCCAAUUGAUCAAGAACUACCUGAUGAUGAACAAGGACGACGAAAUAAAGAUAUUCUCUAUUAUCAAUGGGUACCAUUUAUAUUACUUUUUCAAGCUUUUCUUUUCUAUUUUCCUCGUGUUGUUUGGCGUACACUUAAUAUUAAAUCAGGUCUUGAUUUAGUUAAUUUAGUUGAUGCAGCUGUUAAAUAUGAACAAGUCGAACAGUAUGAAUCUCGAGAUCGUAUUAUGAGUUAUCUUAUUAUUAAUAUUGAACGUUAUAUAUCAGCACGUGCACAUUUAACUCGACGUCAUAUUGAAAAACAUUAUUCAUAUAUUCGACGAUUUUUUCAAUUAUUUUUAUUUUGUUCAAAUCGUCAUUUUGGAAAUUAUCUUGUUAUUGUCUAUUUUCUUAUUAAAUUAUUAUGGCUUGUAAAUGUUUUAGCACAAUUAUUUUUAUUAAAUGCUUUUUUAGGAAAUGAAUAUUAUUUAUUUGGUUUUGAAGUUAUGGAAAAAUUAUUUAAAAAUCAACGUUGGACAGAAAAUAGACAUUUUCCUAAAGUAACAUAUUGCGAUUUUAAAAUUCGAGAAAUUGGUAUUAAUCAUUUUUAUACUGUACAAUGUGUAUUAAGAAUUAAUUUAUUUAAUGAAGUUAUUUUCAUUAUUCAAUGGUUUUGGCUUAUAUCAUUAAGCGCUGCAACUGUUUAUGAUUUUCUUAUGUGGUUAUAUCAUUGUACUGUACCACGUGAAAAAGUACGAUUUAUUAAACGUCAUCUUGGUAUAAUGUCAUCAUUUAAUCCUAAAGAAGAACGACAAGAAGCUCGUGAUUUUGUUUUACAUUAUUUAAAAGAUGAUGGAGUUUUAUUAACACGUUUACUUUCAUUAAAUAGUAGUGAUCUUGUUGUUACUGAAAUAAUUAAUCAAUUAUGGACACGUUAUAAAACUGUUAAUCGACUUUAUUCAACUGUUAAUCCUCAACGACAUAAUCAUCAUCAUCAUAAUAUUUCAACAAAUGAUAUAAUAAAUAAUGAAAAUAAUAUAAAUACGAGUACACAACCAAUAAAUAUAAAUUAUCAAAAUGGUAAUAAAAAUUCUCAUCGACAACGAUCAUCUCGUAUUCCAUCAUUAUCAUUAUUAACAAAUAAUAAUCAUCAACAUUAUUCAAAAGAUGAAAAAUUAGAAAAAAAUAAAUCAUCAAACGAUACAGAUGUUUAA